CACACACACACACACACACACACACCUUGUCAUAAUAGUGUCCAGGUGGGUCUGUCAGAGGAGACUUGGGUCCCUGGACAGAGGACACGUCUGGACCUAAAUGGAGUCCACCCUCCUUGAAGCUCCAGGUGGAGCUGGCACUGCAGAUGACCAGCAGCCAGCUGCGACCACUCCUGCUGGUUUGCAGCCCCCUGCAGAGGUAGCGGAGCCUGUCGACCUGGGCAAGGUGGAGGGAGAUGAGAGUCAGCCCGGAGGCCCUGCAGGAGCAGGACAUGGACAGGAGCUGUACUCAUUUGACAGCUCUCUGUCCUCCUCGGACAGUGAGGAUGAGGGUAUCGGGAAGAGAGACAAGAAGAAGAAGAAGCUGAAGAAGAAGAAGAAGAAGAAAGAUUCCAGCUCGUCGUCUUCGUCUUCCUCCUCCUCCUCCUCCUCCUCCUCCUCCUCCUCUUCGUCCUCCAGUAGCUCUUCGGAUAGUGACAGCGAGGAUGACAAGAAGAAGAAGAAGAAAAAGGAGAAGAAGAAGAAGGAUGAGCAGAAAGAGUACGUCUGGGACAGUGUUAUCAUAUCUCAGGCUGGUCCCGAUGGCAAAACGGAGCUGCAGACUGUCGAAGGUCUGAAGAUGAGCCAGGGUUUCAGCUCAUGUGAUGACGAGGAUGACAAGAAGAAAGAGAAGAAGAAGAAGAAGAAGAAGGACAAGAAGAAGAAGAAGAAAAAGAAGAAGGAUUCGUCCUCUUCCUCUGACAGUUCAUCCUCUGACAGUGAGGAUGAAAAGAAGAAGAAGAAAAAGGAGAAGAAGAAAAAGAAAAAGAAGAAGAAGAAGAAGAAGAAGGACUCCAGCUCUUCUUUCUCAGAUAGCUCCUGCUCUUCAUCAUCAUCCUCUUCCGACAGCGAGGAUGAUAAGAAGAAAAAGAAAAAGAAAAAAAAGGACAAGAAGAAGAAGAAAAAGAAGGACAAGAAAAAGGAUUCCAGCUCUUCAUCUUCAUCCUCAUCUUCAGACAGUGAUAAAGAUAAGAAGAAGAAGAAGAAGAAGAAGAAGGACAAGAAGAAGAAGAAAGAUAAGAAGAAGGUACAAAUGCCUAUCUUGUUUUUGAGAAAUGGCCAUCAUGUGAACCUCGCAGGGCAUUUCACUUUUUGGAGCUCAGUUUUUACACCAUCAUGCAUCAGUUAUGAACAGUAUUAAACUCCAUUU